AUGGUUGCUAAUCCAUCUUUAGUUCUUAACAAAAUCGAUGAUAUUUCAUUCGAAACUUAUGAAGCUCCAGAAAUAACUGAAUCAAAUGAAGUUAUAGUUGAAGUUAAAAAAACCGGUAUUUGUGGUUCCGAUAUCCAUUAUUAUGCUCAUGGUAAAAUCGGUCAUUUCGUGUUAACCAAACCAAUGGUUUUAGGUCAUGAAUCUUCUGGUAUUGUUACUCAAAUUGGUUCAAAAGUUACCAGUGUUAAAGUUGGUGAUAAAGUUGCUAUUGAACCGGGUAUUCCAUCAAGAUUAAGUGAUGCUUAUAAAUCAGGUCAUUAUAACUUAUGUCCUCAUAUGUGUUUUGCUGCCACUCCAAACUCAACUGAUGGUGAACCAAAUCCUCCAGGAACUUUAUGUAAAUAUUUUAAAAGUCCAGAAGAUUUCUUAGUUAAAUUACCUGAUCAUGUUAGUUUAGAAUUAGGGGCUAUGGUUGAACCUUUAACUGUUGGUGUUCAUGCUUCCAAAUUAGGUUCCAUCAGAUUUGGUGAUAAAGUGGCUGUUUUCGGUGCUGGUCCAGUUGGUUUAUUAGCUGCUGCUGCUGCUAAAUCAUUUGGAGCUGUUGCUGUUAUUGUUAUUGAUAUUUUUGAUAAUAAAUUACAAAUGGCUAAAGAUAUUGGUGUUGCCACUCAUACUUUCAACUCCAAGACUGGUGGUGAUUAUAAAAACUUGUUAAAAGCUUUUGAUGAUAAUGAACCAACCGUGGUAUUAGAAUGUACUGGUGCUGAACCAUGUAUUAAUACUGGGGUUCAUAUUUUAGCUCAAGGAGGUAGAUUUGUUCAAGUUGGUAAUGCUCCAGGUCCAGUUAAAUUCCCAAUUACUGAAUUUGCUACUAAAGAAUUAACUUUAUUUGGUUCUUUCAGAUAUGGUUUUAAUGAUUAUAAAACUGCUGUUGGUAUUCUUGAUACUAAUUAUAAAAAUGGUAAAGAUAAAGCUCCAAUUGAUUUCGAAGCUUUAAUCACCCAUAGAUUCUCCUUCAAUGAUGCUAUUAAAGCUUAUGAUUUAGUUAGAGCUGGAAGUGGUGCUGUUAAAUGUAUCAUUGAUGGACCUGAAUAA